AUGAAGAAAUUUGAAAAGAUGCUAAAGAAACCACAUUUGGGGGCACUAUCCGUGGUGCUGAUUCUCUCUCUGGGGCUUCCAGAAAUCACACUUACGUGUCCUCACCCAUGUGCCUGUUAUGUUCCCACUGAAGUUCAUUGCACAUUUCGGUCCUUAGUAGCUGUGCCAACAAGAAUCUCAAAACAUGUGGAACGAAUCAACUUGGGGUUUAACAGUAUACAGACUAUAGCUGAAAAAUCAUUUGCUGGACUUACAAAACUAGAACUUCUCAUGAUCCAUGGGAAUGACAUCCAAAAUAUACCUAAUGGGGCCUUAAAAAAUCUGUCAUCAUUACAGGUAUUCAAAAUAAGCUACAACAAGUUGCAAGUUUUAACUGGUCAAACCCUACAAGGGCUUUCAAGCCUAAUGAGGCUGCAUGUGGACCACAACCAAAUUGAAUUCAUCCAUCCAAAUACAUUUAAUGGCUUAACUUCCUUGCGACUUCUCCAUUUGGAAGGAAAUUUACUCCAACAGCUUCACCCCAACACAUUUUCCACAUUUAUGGUUCUUGAUUAUUUCAGACUGUCAACGAUAAAGCACCUGUACUUGUCUGAAAAUGCUAUUAGAACACUCCCUGUGGGCAUUUUUCAAAAAAUGCCACUCCUAGAAAACGUGUAUCUUCAUGGGAAUCCCUGGUCCUGUGACUGCAGGUUGAAAUGGCUUCUUGAAUGGAAUGAAAAGUCUACAGGUGUCCUAAAGUGUAAAAAAGACAAAAUCUAUGAGGAUGGGCAGCUUUGCCCAAAAUGCACCUAUCCUAAGCAACUCCAGACACACGAUAUUCAACAUUUGCAAGACAUUUCCUGCACAAAGCCCAUCAUACAGUCUCCACUAAAACUUAACAUUAGCCACAAUGAGGAGGAAGAGGAGGAAGAUGACAACAGCUCUGAAUUUCACAGCGAAGAAUUUCAACUGACUCCAUGGAAUAUUACCCUGAACUUGACAGAUGAGCAUGGAAACAUUGUGAAUCUGCACUGUGAAAUCAAGAAACCAUCAGACUCUACCAAAAUCCAGUGGAAUCAAAUCUCUCCCCAAGAAAUUGAAGUCAAUGCCUCCAUUUCCCUGGAUAUGGAGUGCCUUAUGAAUCGAGAAAACUAUGAAAAACUGUGGAAACUAAUUGCUUACUAUAGUGAAGUCCCUGUCAAAUUAGAAAGAGAACAAGUGCUCAGCCAUGAACCUAAGCUGAGCUACCAUUACAGGCAAGGUUCUGAUUAUGAUGCACUUUAUUAUACAGGGGUCAAAGGCAGAAUCCUUGCUGAGCCUGCCUGGGUAAUGCAACCUCUGAUACACAUCCAGUUAAAUAGACGCCAGAGUACUGGGCAGAAAGUAGUGCUGUCUUUUUCUACCCAUGUAUCCCAAACUCUUCAAACUCAAGGAAACAGACAGCAGAGAAACAGCUGGGUUAUGAUAGAGCAAGACCUGCACACAAAGGCAGCUCAGAGUGUAGUAGAGGGUUCAGAUGCUCAGCUGAGUUGCAAUGUGAAAGCAACAGAAAGUCCUUCCAUUAAAUGGCUUCUUCCAGAUGGGACUAAACUGAAAGCUCCAUUCAAAAUGGAGGACAGUAGAUUUUCUGUACUCAGCAGUGGUCAGUUGAUCAUCAAAUCUGCAACUUAUACUGAUUCAGGAGUGUACUACUGUGUUGCUCAAGUGAGAGGUGAUAUUGAUUCAAUGUCAUAUAGAGUUUUGGUGCAGCCUCCAGUCCUUCAGCCAGCAGACUCUGAGAUAGUAAAGGUUCAAAAAAAUGUGGGGGAAUCCAUACUUUUGCCCUGCACUGCAGUGGCCAUACCAGAUGCACACUUAAGCUGGAUACUUCCAAACAGUCAAGUUCUCAAUGAUUUAUCAAACUCCUCCAAUGGGUACAUUUUAGACAAUGGCUCACUGUUAAUUCCACACAGCCACAUCAGUGACAGUGGGUAUUAUCGGUGUGUGGCUAUAAACCAACAAGGAUCAGAUCAAUUUGCUGUCAGAGUAACAGUAAAUAAAAUGGGGUCUAGCAGAUCCUCAAAAAGCAUGAAAUUAAAAAAGCAUCCUGGUUCAAGAACCUCAGUAAAAACCAAGGUUCAAGUCAUAGAUGAUGAUGAAGGAUCAGGUGCUGGAGAGACUGAUGAGACUGUAAGUAAACAUAUCCACUUGAAGAACCAUGAAGUAUCCCUUAAGCAAAAGAAGGACUAUGUUUUUCAUGGCCACAUGAAAAAGAAUAAAAAGGGAAAACAUAAAAUGAAAUUAUGGAAAGGAAUGGAUAGGACUCCAGAGAUCAAUGUUGCUGAGGGACGUAGAGUAUUUGAAUCUCGGAGGAGAAUAAAUAUGGCAAAUAAACAGAUUAAUCCUCAACAGUGGGCCAGCAUUUUGGCCAAGGUUCGUGGCAGAAAUCUUCCUAAAACAACAAUGGCUCCAGUCCCUUCUCUAAGGAUUACUACAGAGACUCCACUUAUGCACAAAACUACAAGAGCUCCCCCUCCCAUUGUCAGUCCCCCUCAAGAGACUACUAUGGAAUCUCCUGUCAAUGAAGAGGAGUCUUCUGGUGACAUGUCCUACUUGGAUGAGGCAAAGCUGGUCUCAGUCACCAUUGUUCCCAUUAUCAGUGCACAGGAUUAUAAUCAGGUUCAAUCACCCACAGUAGUGAGUGCUGAGACAGAGUCUGUUAUAAAACAUGGAUCAUCAAACACAUCAAGAAGGAUAUACCACGUGGAAACACCUGUUUCGAAAGAUGCUUGGAUCUUUCCAACUGUACAGUCACAUGCUUUGAGAACAGAUUAUUCCCCAACUGUACCCAAUGCUUUCACCAAAGAGCAGUCAAAUGAAGAAAUAAUAAGCACUGUGCCUUAUAUUCAGAGUACUUUGAUCACAGCACAGAAGGGGGUUAGAACCACACAGUAUACAUCCUCUUCUGUAGAACUACCACUUGAAGGCGAUGUAUCUGCAGACAAUAGUGCCUCUGAAAAUUCAAAAGUCUUGAGUACCAUUUUUAUUCUUGCUUCUCCAUUUAAAGAUUCUGGUCCUGGGGACAGUAGUGGCAUAGAACAUCAGCAAGUAGAAAUAAAUUCUCACCCAAAUAGGGCAUCGGAUGGAGUAGCACUUGAAAACGUACAUACUCCAAUACCAGAGUCUGUUUCUACUUUGGAAAGUACUGCUGCUCCACUUAAAAAGAAUGGCUGGCUAAUGACUGCUGCUGCUGCUGCUGUUGCUGUUAACAAGCUGACCACAGUGGCAAUGAUUCCAGAACAUGGCAGAACAAGCAGUACCUCUGCUUCACAGCUUCCCAAGCAUUCUCGAAGAAGACAUGGGAGAAGGCGAUUAAGGUUCAGAAGGCCAAAACCUAUUCCUCCUACUGCCACUCCCAUGGAAGUUAGACCUUCUGUUCAAAAUAAACCUAAAAUAGAAGAUGCAACCCAAAGUUUGCAAGGGUACUUUUUAAGGAAUCAUCAUAAACCUGGUGCUGAAGCAGAAACUGCAAAUGAACAUAAACCUUUGGAAUUAAGCCCUUCAUUAACUACAAGUGCUAGAGCGUUACAAAAAUCCAUCAGAGUCCAUGAUCUGGAGGUAGUUUCUGUCCUCAGUCUUUCUCCUUUGCUGCCUAGAACACCUGCAACACUUUCUAACACUGCCAAAGACAUGCUGAUAUCGCUACCUGAAGUAGUGACCUCAGCUCCUGAUUCAGAACUGUUUUUAUAUCCUAGAUUACAGCAUCAAUUAACAGCAUCAACAGACAAUGAAUUCAUCAAAUCUAUUGAAGAAAAUGUUCUUACAACAAGCUACAAAGGCAGGGAUGCACAUACACAAAGUUCUUCGGUAUCUGUUGAAAGUUUCAUUAGUCCGGUGUCACCUGUUUCCUUGAUGUCAGAAUCUGAAGAAGACCAUGUCAGCUCAUCAUCCCCAGAGAAUAGAGUCAUCUCAAAAACACAUCCAUCAAGGCCAGCCGUUGUACAGCAUUGGACAACUGUUAACAGCACAGCGGUACAUUUUACGGCUCCUUCAAAUGUCAGUGAAUUGAAGAACUUUUCAGGCUUACUAAUGCCGACUGCAGUCACAUUAUCUUCUCGUCAAAGAGAAACAGAGACUUCAUCUCACUAUAGAGCAACAGUUGAUGAUCUUUUAAAAAACCCAGAAAGUAAACAAGCUAUGAACCCUUUGCAUAACAAAACACAAAUAAGAACUUCUUCGAGUCACACAAAGGAAAUGAUCACUCAGUUACAAAACCAUCAUGAUCAGACUGCUGUUCAUAGAACUGAAAUAAACUAUUCUCCAGUUCUGCCCAUUGCAUCUGUACAUCUGGCUACUACUGUUUCACCAUCAGAAUCUAGCACUCUGAAUUUUUCUGAACGUUUUCCUACUAAAGAAAAUUACACGUCAAGUCAAGUCAUAUCUCCUGACAUUAAAGGAUCCAAUAGAGCCAAAUUUAGCUCAAGGAAGAAUGAACUUUUCUUUAUCCAUUCAAACCAGAACAGAAUAACCACACAACAAAAGGAAGCACAAUUGAAAGAACCAUCAGGUAGCAGAACACUCAACAGUUUAUCUCAGAAUCCAAAUGCUCCUCACCAACCAAUUGGAAUCAUACCAAUUUUUAAUCAGCCACCUGCUUUCCCACUACCAAAACGCCCUCUUGUGAGAGGUACAGUGAAGCCUCCAUAUCUCAUUGUACCAGGUCUGUUUCAUCGUUUUGGAACUCAUCAGCCUCCCCUUCAUUAUACCAAUAAACCAGAAAUAACUGCCUAUGCUGCUCACACCACACAAGACAGAAGAACCUCUUCUCUUCCUGCAGAGACCUAUGCCACCACAACAGCAGCUCCAAUAUUCAGACUGAAGUCAAAUCUUCCAAGCAGAUUUGGCAAUCAGGGUGAGACCAGAUACAACAUUCCAUCCAGAGUUUUUGUCAAUAAUUAUCUUCCUGAUACCAAAGACAAACAUGGAAGAGUAACAAAUCAAGCUAGACCAUAUUUCCCCAAACCCAGACAACCCUUCCUGUUUAACAGAACCAAAGUAGUCCAAUACUUGGAUAUAAAUUCAAAACCAAUGACUAAUCUGCUUGCCCCUGCAAGCACAACUGAGAAGAAAUUUCUCUCUCCAACUAGUAUUAUAACACAGAACACUCCUGUAAGGGUCACAGCUAUUGCAGUCCCUCCUCUAGCCCUAAGUACUGCACCACCAGCUGGAACUAUCCCUCCUGCAUUCAUUGCUCCAAGUAUUAAACCUCAGAUGGCUUCAACCUUACAGUUCUCCCGAAGCAUCCCUAACAGCAGUCCACAUGUGCUGUUUGUGCCUAAACUAGGAGGAAAGACAUUUAAUUCCAGCAAAAUUCAGCCUUCCACAGAUCUCAGCACACAGGGAGAAAGACCUAUGAUUUUAACAAAAGGAUCUAACAGUUUAUCCAUCCUUGCUGAAUCAGAUGUUGUUAUCCCAUGUGAUGCCACUGGAGAACCAAAACCUUUGCUUUCUUGGACAAAAAUAUCCACAGGGGCUAUAAUGACAGCUAAUACAAGGAUACAACGUUUUGAAGUCUUGAAAAAUGGUACUUUCAUUAUCCGGAAAGUUCAGCUUCAGGACCGUGGACAGUAUUUUUGCAUGGCUCAGAACCUGCAUGGUACUGAUAAAAUGAUUGUCCUGUUGACAGUCCUAGCCCAGCAGCCCAAAAUAUUAGGUUCACGUUUCAGAGAUGUGACUGUUUAUUUUGGAGAAAAGGUGACUAUGGAUUGCCAAGCCACUGGAAUUCCAAGCCCACACAUUUCUUGGAUUUUCCCUGACAGAAAAACAUUGCAAACUGUGAGCACUUCAGAGGCAAGAGUCAUUCUGUAUGAGAACCGAACUUUGUCCCUCAAGGACACUAACUUCUCAGACCGGGGAGUUUACAAGUGCAUAGCCAGCAAUGCUGCUGGGACAGAUAGCAUUGCUGUGAGACUUCACAUAGCCGCCUUGCCACCUAUUAUCCAGCAGGAAAAACAGCAAAACAUUACCCUCAGUGUGGGACAGAACGUUCAUAUUCACUGUAGUGCCAAAGCUGCUCCUUUGCCUAGCAUUCGUUGGGUGCUUUUUGAUGGUACCCAGAUUCGAACCUCCCAGUUUGUCCAUGGGAAUCUGUUUGUUUUUCCAAAUGGAACCCUUUACAUACGCAACGUUUCACCCAAAGACAGUGGGAGCUAUGAAUGUAUUGCAGCCAACAUGGUAGGUGCUGCCAGGAGAUCGGUAUGGCUGCAUGUCAAGAAGCAGUCCACAAAUGCUAAGAUCACUGGGAGUUCUCCCCAGAAAACUGAUGUGACAUAUGGCAGCACCCUACGAUUGGACUGCAGUGCAUCAGGGGACCCCUGGCCACGGAUUCUCUGGAGGCUGCCUUCAAAAAGAAUGGUGGAUUCCAUGCACAGUUUGGACAGCAGAAUCAAGGUAUUUGGCAACGGAACUUUGGUCAUCCAUUCUGUCACUGACAAGGAUGCAGGGGACUAUCUUUGUGUUGCCCGCAAUAAGGUUGGAGAUGACUACGUGGUCCUCAAAGUGAAUGUGAUGAUGAAACCUGCAAAAAUAGAACACAAGAAUGAGAAUAACCACAAGGUGAUAUAUGGCGGGGAUCUGAAAGUAGAUUGUGUAGCCACAGGUCUGCCAAACCCUGAAAUCUCCUGGAGUCUUCCAGAUGGCAGCAUGGUCAACACUUUCAUGCAAUCUGAUGACAGCGGCAGCCGAGCAAAGAGAUACGUGGUAUUCAACAAUGGAACACUGUAUUUCAAUGAGGUAGGACUGAGAGAAGAGGGGGACUACACCUGUUAUGCUGAGAAUCAAAUUGGCAAGGAUGAGAUGAAAGUCCGAGUCAAAGUAGUGGCUGAGCCUGCCAGUAUUAGAAACAAAACUUUUACAACUAUCAGUGUUCCAUAUGGGGAUGUGGUAUCUGUAGGAUGUGAUGCCAAAGGUGAGCCCACACCUAAAGUUACCUGGUUGUCUCCAAGCAACAGACCCAUCCCACUUCUAUCAGAUAAAUACCAGGUGUACAGAGAUGGGACACUUCUUAUUCAGAAAAUGCAAAGAUCCGACAGUGGCAAUUAUACGUGUAUCGCACGGAACAAUGCUGGGGAAGACCGAAAAAUUGUCUUGAUCCUCAUCGAUGUCCAGCCUCCCAAAAUCAAUGGGCAUCCCAGCAUCAUCACUUCAGUGAGAGAAAUGGCUAUGAAAGACAGUCGUAAACUGGUUGACUGCAAAGCAGAAGGGAUCCCAUCUCCACGGGUCAUGUGGGCCUUCCCAGAAGGAGUGAUCUUACCUGCUCCCUAUUAUGGGAAUAGAAUCACUGUGCACCGUAAUGGCACAUUAGAUAUUCGUGGUGUAAGACAGACCGACUCAGUGCAACUAGUGUGCAUUGGCAGGAAUGAAGGUGGGGAAGCCAGGCUCAUUGUGCAGCUGCAAGUGAUGGACCAUGUGGAAAAGCCCACUUUCAAGGAUCCAGUCACUGAAAACAUCACUGCUACUGCAGGCCACAGCAUCAAUCUGAACUGCUCAGUUCAUGGAAAUCCCCAGCCGACUACAGCCUGGAUCCUUCCAAAUGGCACCGAACUGCAAAAAGCCAGUCAUUUGCACAGGUUUUAUCAUAAGAGAGAUGGAAUACUUCACAUCAGUGCCCUCUCUGGAACGGAUGCUGGCACUUAUCGCUGCACAGCCAGGAACUCAGGUGGUUCUGCAGAGCGAGUGGUCUUCCUCAAAGUGGGCCUUAAGCCAGAAAUCAGCAACCAGUAUAACAACCUGGUGAGCAUCAUAAAUGGAGAGACCCUGCAGCUCCACUGCAUAACGCAGCCCAGUCAGCGGGCUCGCAUAACCUGGACUCUGCCCAAUGGGAUGGUAUUAGAUGGUUCUCAGACCAUGGGUCGAUUCUCCCUGCUGGAGAAUGGCUCUCUUACCAUUCGUGAAGCAUCUGUGUUUGACAGAGGUACUUACCUGUGCAAGGCAGCAACUGAGUAUGGUUCUUCCCUUAUGAAUGUUCCAGUGAUUGUGAUAGCCUACCCACCCCGUAUCACAAGCGAACCAGCGCCUGUCAUCUACGCAAGGCCUGGCAAUACAGUGAAGCUGAACUGUAUGGCCAUUGGGAUUCCUAAAGCAGAAAUAACAUGGGAACUCCCAGACAAAUCACAUCUGACAACAGGAGCUCAGUCCCGUCUGUAUGGAAACAAAUUCCUUCACCCUCAGGGCUCAUUAAUCAUCCAACAAGCUAUGCAAAGGGAUGCAGGCUUCUACAAAUGCACUGCUAAAAAUAUACUUGGCAGCGAUUCAAAAGCAACCUACAUACACAUAUUCUAAAGUUCAAACAAAUGCCUUUGAAUACACAAAUAUCCAAAGACCCUGCCAAGUGAGCACAGCUAGGAAAAUAUAAUUGCUAAAUGGAACCAGUUGUAUUAAGCGUUGAAAAAUAGGGUUGCACUAUAAAUGGCAUAUCACAACUUUACCUUUUGUGCAAUACCAAAGUACUAAUCUGGUGUUAGAAGACCUCCAGACUAUUUCAGUGAUGCAUCUGGGUUUUUCACCUUAGAACCUGUAACUAGAUCUGGAAGAAAAUUCAGAGUCUGUCAGUGUUUCAGAACAAGUUUGUGAAUUUCAAAAAAAAAAAAUUGAGUGAUAGCUGUAUGAAAAAAAAUUAAGAGCAAGAUCCAGUUAACGUUAAGAAUUUUUAGACCACCUUAAUUUCAGUGAGUGGGUUUGAGCAUUAGAAUCCAUGGAAACUGAACAUGUUUGAAUUGCUCUCUGUGUCCUUAAGGCUGGAUCUACACAUUAUAUUAUAACACCAUUAUAUGUAUCCAGUUAUUAAUCUCUUACAUAACAUGUGUGACCACUCAUCAAAUGACAUGAUGUCAUUACAGUAUGAAUUUCCCCAUCCCACAUCAUUGGUUGCCCCUGGAUGGAGAGAUUCUCAGUGUGUUCCUACGAUGUGAGAUUAAGAGUUCCUUACAGGGCAGAGGAAGAAAAUUCAAUAUGGUAAUGCAGUGUUCAAUUACAAACUGAAAUAUAUCUGGCCUAAAUCUGAUUGAAGUAAAGUACAUUUAGUACCAACUUGCUAAAUUAAUUGUUUUACAUCUUGUAAUUCCUAAAAAAUUGGAUCCAAUGGCAUCCUUGAUUAGGAAUGCUGGAAAAAGUUAAUAUAAAUUUGCAUUCUUUGUAAGCAAAUUGAAAUUCUUGUCCUAGUUCAUUUUGCUUCAGUCUAUAGCUAAAAUGCACUGUCCGUUAAUAGUGAAAAUAGUGAUUCCUUGUGAAAAUUGAUUCCUUGAUGCAAAAAGCACCUUAAAACAUACCAAAAUAGUAUUAAAAUGUAACAAAAGAGCCAAUUUUAAAAAACUCUUUGUUGAUGAUGAUGAUGAUAUUGUUCGACACAUCCCAUUUCUUUAAUCCCCUGCACUGCUGUGAUGUAGCCGAACCUUUACAGGACAUAAUUUCUAACUGCUCUGUGUUCAUUCUUUUAUUCAUUCUGUGUUCAUUCUCCAGGAUCAAUACUUCAAUUAGCAAUUUUUUAAAAACCCUUUGAUUUAAUUCCUGGACAACCUACCAAUAAAUACUGCAACAAUGCAAAUGCCUCACAGCUAGGUAAUCCCUAGCAGAUUUCAGUCAUUCUGUAUAUUAUUUGUUUUUCCAAUCAGACCAUGAGACUGGAAGAAUAACAAUGACCUGUGUCUCAGUGUAUAAAUUAUUGGUCUUUACAAGACUCCGAUAUUUCGACAGUGUUUUAUAUAAUAUUAAGAUUAGUAUACUGUAUGUUUUAUAAUAAAAAAUA